UUUUGGAUCGUCGCUCAUGUCACGAGUGGAGGCGGAUUGCUGGGCUGCACACUACACACCAAUAUCGUCAGUCACACCCAAAAAGGUAGUGACGUAGCUGUGACGGAGUCAUGAGUGAGGAAACCGCGAGUACAUCAUUACAAAUCCCAGCAAUGAACGUGAAUAUGAAACAGCUCACAGCGAAGCUCGUGCAAGCUACUUGUCAAGGUGAUGCCGUCCAAGAAGCGAGGGUCAAAGGCGGGACCAAAGGUCAACGUCUGCAGGCUGCUUGGCAAGGUGACACUGUCCAAGCUCUGGUUGAAGUUGUAGCCGAAGGUCAAAGUCUGCAGGCUGCUUGGCAAGGUGACACCUUUCAAGCUCUGGUUAAACUCCUCGCCGAAGGUCAAAGUCUGCAGGCUGCUUGGCAAGGUGACACCUUCCAAGCUCUGGUUGAACUUCCGGCAGAAGGUCAAAGUCUGCAGGCUGGCUGGCAAGGUGGCACCUUCCAAGCUCUGGUUAAAGUCCAUGCCGAAGGUCAAAGUCUGCAGGCUGCUUGGCAAGGCGACACCUUCCAAGCUCUGGUUGAAUUUCCAGCCGAAGGUCAAAGUUUGCAGGCUACUUGGCAAGCUGACACCUUUUAGGCUCUGGUUAAACUCCAUGCCGAAGGUCAAAGACUGCAGGCUAUGUGGCAAAGUGACACCUUCUAAACUCUGGUCAAAGUAUUUGCCAAAAUUCAAUGUCUGCAGGCCGCUUGGCAAAUUGACAUUCUCCAAGCUCUGGUUGAAUCUGUAGCCGAAGGUCAAAGUCUUCAGGCUGCUUGGCAAGGUUACAUUCUCCAAGCUUUGGUUGAAGCUGAAGCCGAAGGUCAAUGUCAGCAGGCUGGUUGGCAAACUGACAUUUUCCAAUUUAUCGUGGAAUUUGUAGCCAAAGGUCAAAGACUGCAGAUUGCUUGGCAAGGUAACACACUCGAAGUUUUGGUCAAAAGUCAAAGUCUGUAGUCUGUUUGGCAAUGCGACAUCUUUCAUGCUCUGGUUAAACUCUACGCCGAAGUUCAAGUCCUGCAGGCUGCUUGGCAAUGUAACCCCUGGCAUACUCUGGUUAAAGCUCCGGCCGAAGGUCAAAGUUUUUAGGCUACUUGGCAAGGUGACCCCUUCCAAGCUCUGGUUAAAGUCUCUGCCGAAGCUUAAAGUCUGUAGGCUAAUUGGCAACGUGACACCUUCCAAGCUCUGGUUGAAUUUGUCGCCGAAGGUCAAAGUCUGCAGGCUGGUUGGCAAGGUGGCACCAUGCAUGCUCUGGUUGAAUCUAUCACCGAAGGUCAAAGUUUGUAGGCUACUUGGCAAGGUGACCCCUUCCAAGCUCUGGUUAAACUCCAUGCCGAAGGUCAAACACUGCAGGCUACUUGGCAAGGUGACAUCUUCAAAGCUCUGGUCAAAGUGAUCGCCAAAAUUCAAGGUCUGCAGGCUGGUUGGCAAGGUGACCCCUUCCAAGCUUUGGUUGAACCCCCUGCCGAAGGUCAAAGUCUGCAGGCUGCUUGGCAAGGUGACAUUUUCCAAGCCGUGAUUGAAUAAACUGUCGCUGCAAGUCAAAGUUUGUAGACUGCUUGGAAAGCUCACUUUCUCCAAGCUCUGAUUAAAACUGAAACCAAAGGUCAAUGUCUGCAGGCCGCUUGGCAAAUUGACAUUCUCCAAGCUCUGGUUGAAUCUGUAGCCGAAGGUCAAAGUCUUCAGGCUGCUUGGCAAGGUUACAUUCUCCAAGCUUUGGUUGAAGCUGACGCCGAAGGUCAAUGUCAGAAGGCUGGUUGGCAAACUGACAUUUUCCAAGGUCUCGUCGAAUUUGUGGCCAAAGGUCAAAGUC